AUGAAAGGCUUUAACUGCUUUGAUCUUGAGUUCAUAACUGCGCUGCGGGACUCGCACCUGGUGGAGCACCUGGCAAAGCAAGUGCUUCGAAGCGACGGCUCUCUGCAUGAGCUCGGGACGCAGCUGGUGCUUGCCGUUGGAUGUUUCGAUGGACUGUGCAUCCUGUGGCGCGAGGAACACGACCUAGAAUCCACAGGGCCCUGUCAGCAGUUUCUUGCAACGGCAGCGGCGGUGGCAGUGAUGAGCGAGCUCGACGGUGGGUCCACAUACGGUCUGCCGCAGGAUGUGGCGGCGGGGGUAAUCAAGGCCCUUCGUUCUUGCAGUCACAAGGAGAUCCUCCUGACCUGGCUCCGCACUUACAUGCCUCGUUCCGGCCAGAUGCCCAGGUUCAUCAUCAGUAGGCCGGUGUUAUACAAGUUGUACAUGAGAGCCUGCUGCGUCGGCAUUGAUAAUGCCCAGCGUGCCACCAAGAAACAUCCACCAGCAGGCGCUGGCGUCCGCGGCGGCGGCGGCGGCGGCGGCGGCAGUGCGGAUACAGCCGGCGGCCCCUCGGGCGACGAUGGUGCGGCAAGUAGCGGAGAAAGAGAGCCGUCGGCGGUUCAAGAGAGAGCCGGAUGGUGCGAGGUUGCGCUGGUCGCCCUGGCAGCAGCGAGCAGCAGCAUGCGGUCCCCUCGUUGCUGCGGCCGGAGCGCUCAAGGCGAGUGGUUUACCAGCGGCACUACUUCGCGACCUCUUGGCUGGUGGCAUCAGGCGGUGAGGGCCCUGCAGCUGGCGGCCCUGGCGGCUCCGUGGCCGCCUCGGCUUGACAACAGCAUGGUUACGGCCUCUGUCAGCCUGGUGAAGUGUAUGAUACUGGAGGAGGGGGACGUGGUGGCGGAGCUGCCCGUCCCACUGCCCGCCACCCCGCCACCCGACCUGGCUACCGGCCUCUCUGCUGGAUUCCUGCCGCCCCUCGAACACCUCCUGCGACAAUUCCUCGAACGAAAACCCCAAGACGACGACUCCCUACUGAACAUCUUAACCCCGGGAGAGUACCUGCUUACCUCUCUGCUGUCCUGGCCUUGGUUGGGCUGUUUGAUGGCGUACGGCGACCAACGCCAGGUCGCGGCACUGAUCGCCACAUUGGGUAGGGGGAUGCGGACAACCUGUGUGGAUGAGAUCUGUAGUUACUAUGUGCUCAACGGCGGCUGGCAUCCGGACCCCGGCGACAGCGGCGGCAGCAGCAGAUCCGACCACGACGACUUACGGAGAUCUCUGAAGGUGAUACAGAAGGGACUGGUAUGGGCGGCUGCAGUCCAGGCGGUGCGGCAGCAAGAACAGCAACAGCAGCAGGAGCAGCAGCAGGCGGUGCGGCAGCAAGGUACGGAGGCGGUUGCUGGGGUAACGACCUCCAUCAGCGCCAAAUCUACGGCAGGUACCGCGGGUGCUACCGAUGGGAAAGAAGGCGGCGGCGGCGGCAGUGGCAGUGGCAGGAAAGAUGGUUGUGACGGACAUAGCGGUGAUGGUGAUGGUGAUGGCAGUGGUUGCCGUGGCAGCUUAAGCCGCGAUGAAGCACCCCCCGGGUUAGCGCCUGGGGCCGAUCAUCAUCGUCAGCUCCUGAGCCUGCUGACAUUCGCCUUCCAGGCCUGGUUGCCGAUUUGGUCCUUUUAUAUCACAAAAAUGAUGUCGUUACAGGCCGCGUCGGACUCGCACAACAAGGCAGUCAUUGCAGGGCCGACAUCCCAACUGCUCUGCGAGGUGCUCAGGAUGGUGGGGUUCGCAUUCGACCAGCUAGACUACAUCGCCACGGAUGCCACCAACAAUAGCUGUUGCAACCUAUCCGGGGCCGGUGAGACUGACCUGGAGCUGCAGGAGUUUGAGCUCGCUGUACGGGCCGGGUUGCAAAGCGGUUGCAAGACCUGA